CCUGGAGGAAGAACUGUCUGAUCCAGACCACCCCCUGGAGCCCCUGCUCUAAGACCUGUGGCCUGGGCAUCUCCACACGCGUCAACAACGACAACGGCAAAUGUGAGAUGAGGAAGGAGCGCCGCCUGUGCCUGCUGCGGCCCUGCAAGAAAACUCUGCUCAGGACCGUUAAGGCUCCGAAGGGAAAGACGUGUCGUCCAAAGUUCCACGCCAAAAAGGCAGAAAAGCUGAGCAUGUCCGGCUGCACCAGCACCAGGAAGUUCAAACCCACCUACUGCGGCGUUUGUUCAGACAGACGCUGCUGUGUCCCCAACAAGUCCAGCAUGAUCAAGGUGGACUUCACCUGCAAAGGGGGGUCCAAGAUACAGUGGAAGAUGCAAUGGAUAAGGUCAUGUGUGUGUCAGAGGAAGUGCAACGAUCCAGGUGACAUGUUUUCUGACCUGCAGCUGCUGUGACUCCAACACACACAGCACCGUUCAGACUGCUGGGAAAUAUCGUUUUAUUCAUUAUGUCUGGAAAAAACAUUACAGAAAUCCAGUUUGACUAAAUAAAUGUGUUGGAAAGCAGUCAAUAAAUGAAUAAAAAUCA